AUGGCGUCCACCACCUCCCGUCGCCUACUUUUCUCCUUCUUCAUCACCGUCUUCGCAAUCUCCGCCGCCGCAAGACCUUGCAAAACCAUAUUCUUCAUCACCUCAUCCUCCCAAUCCCAUGACCCCACGGUCACCAAUUCCCAUCGUCUCACCUUCUUCGUCACCCAAAUCCGCCAAUUCCACCGCCCUGUUGACUCAUCCUCCUCCGAUGACGUUCUCACUUCGCAUUCGCAGACCUAUUAUUCCUCCUCCUAUGCUUCCUCGGUCAAAACCUCGAUUCGCGAUCGCACCAUGGACAUUAUGAGCAUCGUCGGCGCUCUUCUCUUUGGUGUUGGAUGCGGAGCCCUAACUGCGGCCACCAUGUAUUUGAUCUGGUCCAUCUUCUUCUCCAGAUGGUUUGAUUUCAGCGGUGAUUCCGACGAGGAGGAGGACGAGGAGUUCCAUUACCAUGACGAAGAGCCUCACAUCCGUCCUGAUGAGAUUGCGUGCGUUGAUAUCCCUGGCGCUUCCAAACCUGUCCCUCCUUCUGCAGAAGAAGUUGACGCCAUGAAAUCGACGAAUCGGUGA